AGGCCGAUAUUAACUCACUCGUCCUCUCAUCCAGGCCACGUUGGAAACGCGAGUACAAAGGCUCUGACGGCCAAAAAGCACUUAUGUAUCUCUCCACGUUCUUCUAGCCACGCUCUUUGUCUUUGCUGCUCCUCCAUCCUUCCCCGUCCCCACCAUCUAACAGUCCAGCUGGGCUAUGUCCAGUCAAUCGCCACAACGCAACAGAAAGCCCCAAAUGCUUGCCACUGCCCAAGACGUGUGAAGGUCGAUCUCCCCUGGUUCUAUCCUGGUUCUUAACCAGCGUAGGGGACGCCUAUAUCUUCCCAUUUCACUUACAUCCACCCCGAUUCCCGAGAACUGACCGGCUUCUGCUUUCUUAAUAGGUCCGAUGCAGGCCGCCGCGCUGCCCCGAGAGGCUUCUCCUUCUCCUUCUUUCCGUGAGCGACAACGGGCAAUGAAAGCGCACUCUAUGCCUAUCGUGCCUUCAGUAGGACAAAUGUUGGCAAAUUCUGCCCAACAGGGUCAACAGCCGAGUCCCACUACAUCUAAUUCUUCCCAUCAGUCACGCAGGACACCGCCUCCAACUUCUCGUAUAUCUCCUACAACGGCGAAGCUUGCAUCUGGAACGCAUUUAAAUCCGGGUGUUCGAGAUCGCAGUCCUCAGCGACUGAAUUCACCACCGCCGUUGAUCCAUGCUCACUCUCAACCUGUUGUAACGAGACCGACGCCCCGUGUACCGCCUCCUCAGUUCCUUACACAAUAUCAACCCGCAGAGGAAAAAUGGCAAAUGACGCCAGAGCUCAUGGCGGACAUUGAGCGAGCUGACCAAGUGCAAGGCCAAUUGGCAGGUACCAUGGGUGUGGCCUACGCCGGGGGUGCUGCUUCCAGUCAUUUGCAACACAGUCUUGCAGCUAGGGAUCCUGCCGUUGAGCGUGUCCGUGCCAAUGACAGAUCGAGUCCCAAGGACCGCGUUCGGGACAAGGAGAGAGAUCGCGAUGUUUCCAAUGCUCGGGAGAGUCCGAAGACGCGAGAGCGCUCCCAGACCACAUCUUCCAUCGUAUCACCGCUAGCGGAUUCCCAAUUACGGGGACAGGAACGAUCUCCCGACUAUCGUGGCUCGCCGCAGUAUCAGAGUCCCAUGGCUUCUCCCGGGGAGCGUACUGCCGCAUACGCACAGUACGUCCCUGAUUCUUACCAAUCCUCCCAUAGUCCCACAGGCCCAGUGCCUCGGAAGCCUCCGCCUGCGAAUCCUGUUGAUGUCGCUCCCUCUCGUGCUACACCCCCAGCUCCAAGUAAGCUGGCAAACCAGACUCCUCCAUUGCUUAGCCGUCCGCCUGACAGGUCUCUACCUGUUCAGGAGGAACCAGAGGAGGAUGUCGCUCAUAAUGACCUUGAAAAGAAUCAUGACUAUCUGGGCUCACGACACGCGUCUCCUACACCAUCCUCAGAGCUAUAUCCAGAUAAUGCUCGGCAUGCCGGUCGUUUGACAGUUCGUAAUGGUAUCCAUCCAAACGAGGAUGACAAUGACGAAGAUGAUGUGACUCUUAACGAAGAGAUAGAUGACCAUGAUCAGCAUGGCCAGAGCGAAGAUGAUGACAAUUCUGGUUUCACGCCUCGUUCUCCUUCGACGAAUUUACCUGAGCGUCUUCGCGACGGUGGUUUCAACCCUCAAUAUACAUCGGCCUCCGGUCAGUAUCAGCCAAGUGUUGACAACCAGAAGACGGUCCGAGUAAAACCUCGUGCAGGCCCCACAGACCAGUUAGGGAUGAGGGGUUUCGACGCUGCUAUGUUCGAAAACUCUACUAUCCAAAGUCUGCGAAACAACCCGCCUGACGGUUCGAUGAAUGGUUCUCGUCAAACACCACCAUCUCGAUCACUUCCUCAGUCUUUAUCUCAACCUCAGUCCCAGCCACAUCCACAGACGCAGCAAGCUCGGUUGAGCUAUCAGGAACAGGUGCAGCAGCAGCAGUAUCACGAUGCCAGCCGUCAACAGGCCAUGAACCACAUCGCCGAGCACUACAUGCAGUAUGGUUCUAGAAGUCUUCCCGCUAACAUGCCCAAUAUAGAAGACAUGCAAAGUCUCUUCGACGACCCAACGUCAUCUUACCUUCAAUCUUUCUUGCAGUCGCCAAGAAUGCGUCCCAACGCGCCGAUUCCUCCUACUCCUCAGACCCAGACUGCCGCUCCGUCGCCGUCUCCAGCCAUUUCCUCUAUGCCCAGUGAGAUUGAGGCCCGGCAAGUAGGUUCGCCUUACCCAUAUCCUUUCGGGCAUAUUCGUCGCACUGCGGUAUCGGCUGCUCAAAAUGCCCCUUCGUCCACUUUCGAUCCCAACCACCCAUCAGUGGUUAGGGAGCAAUUAGCUCUUCAGAUGCAAAUAUAUGCUUUGAACAAUGGUUUAGGGUCUCCCUCUGAGUCUGCAUUCUCCCCGGCGUCGACGCCUUUCCCUGGUCCUGGAUAUAAUCCAUGGGCCUUUGUCCACCAAGCUGCACGGCCGGGAGAUUCAAACAUGAGUUUGCGCUCUAGCCCAAGUCACGAGCCUGUACCUAUGCCUAUGCCUCCUCUGCGAGGUCGGGGCGUUCGUCGAAAGGAACAGAGUGUGAGCACUCGCCCCCCGGUCCCCGUGACACGACGCAGAGUUAAACCUCCUCCGAGGGUGGAAAGUACUCAGCCAAGAGACACGAGCCCAGAGCCCUCAUCUGGGUCUGGUGAAGAAACGGCGGGUGAGGAUUCCAUCCUCCAUCAAUACAUUCCCACUAGCGGAAAGUGGCCCAAUGGUGUCACAGAGGUGGAGGAAGAUGAGGAUAACGAUGACGGCGAGUGGGUAGACGAUGAUGAUGAAGCAGAAGACGACUUGUUACAGUUGGAGUAUCACCCCUCCUUCGUUUACAGGACAGACAAGAGACGUCGGAGGUGGGACACUCGUUGGGCGGCCUUGGCCCAAGCGUUCCAAGCAUUGGAUCGGGAGACAGACGCUACAUUAGUGCUGCUUGCUGCUCCGUCUCAUUCAAGCAAGCUCCAUUCGCUGACUUCGCGUUCCAUUCGUCGGGAUGCGGCGAUUUCUGGAUCAAAGGCUAUGAGCCGCUUGAAAGGGUCGUUUAAUCAACUAGCUGCCCAGCGGAAGGCGUCUCGCACAAACCGAUUGUCUCUGUUUGAGACGUUAUCAUCUGCUGGAUCUCCUGGAGGGAGCUCGAUGGGAGGCGAAAAUCGUGAAGAAGACCUUCGUCAGGCUUUAAAUACUGCUCUUGCCAGCUUAGGUGCAAUGGGAAGUAUUUAUGAGCAAAGGGAGGCACGAUGGAGGGACGAGAUGCGGAAGUUAAGUGAGGAUCGGGAACAUGUCGAAUUAUUGCUGAGGCAGGCUUUGGGUCCUGCUCUCGCGAACGGUCACGAUACGCAUUCGGAGGAAACAGCGUGAGACUAUUUUGUAUGCAUAGUUUGGAUAGGAUUUGUAUCAUUCGUGUCAUGUACUGCAUAGUGUAUGUAUAAUAUUGCAGCUGCAAUUGUAGAUUACUGCUUCUCAAGUUAAGCCAAAUGGAGAUACGUUUGG